AUGGCUACUGGAGAGAUGACGCUCGCAGAGAUGAAGGCGGCCUACGAGCAAGCCCAAGCAGAGCUGGCCCAAGAAAGGGCAUCCAUUGAAAACUUGCAAAAAGAGCUUGAUUCUGUAAAGAGUUCAAAAUACCAGUCGCGUUACAAGGCUGGUGGGAAGCCGAGGAAGCUGACGUUCGAGAUGCCCGACGAUUUCGAAGAUCUGACCGACGACGAGGAACCCCGAGACGAGGAAGACGGAUCGACCCCAGACUCGGUGACCCAGCGCCUGAACAAGAUGGAUGCACGCAUGACAAAGCACUACUCUCGCCUGAUGAAGCUGAUGAUCAAGCUACCCGGAGCACCCACACCAGUAGAGACCGAACUAACCGACGGGUAUGCGGCGUCACCAUUUUGUGAGGCGAUCGCCAGAGUAACAGUUCCACACACACUACAACUCCCUACCUGGACCACCCUGUAUGAUGGAACGUCUGAUCCAUACCCGCACGUCAACUUCUACAAGCAGCGCAUGUGGCAGAUCGGAAUCCCAUACAAUUUGGUCGAGCCUGUCAUGUGCAAAUCAUUCGGCGGUACCCUUGAUGGAGCAGCUCUGGAAUGGCUCAUGAACGUCGCCCCCGGAUCCAUCUCCUGCCCGUCUGACCUAAUCAACGCCUUUUAUCAACAGUUCGCCAGCAGUCGCCAAUUGGAGAAGCAAACCAGUGACCUCUAUCGGUUGGUUCAAGGACCAACCGAGUCGGUACGCGAUUACUUUAACCGCUUUAAUUGUGAAAAAAUUAGUAUAAAAAACUGUGAUGUCAGGACAGCUAUCGAGGCAUUCAAAAGAGGUCUCAUCCCCAACUCGGAGCUGUACCGGGAAAUAACCAAAUACCCCUGUGCAACCUUCAAGGAGGUGCGAUCGAGAGCCACCGCCCAAAUGCGGAUUGAAGACGACGAGGUCAUCCGGACGGCAUCCCAACGUUCAACAGGGGGCAGCAGCGACAGGAGAUCGUACACCCCGAGGAGUAGCAGCUGGCGACACCAGCCGUAUAAUCGGCAGAACCAGGUACAAAAUGUCAAUCAAUACGAUGAUGCUAACAAUGUUUACAUGAAUGAACGGGUCGUUUAUCCCCCCAUCUCCGAAUAUGGCUUCAACGUCGACAUCGGAGGCGUGGUGAAUGCCCUUCAAAAUGUAGGUGGUACCGUCAGAUGGCCUAAGAAGAGCGACAGACCAGACUCCAUGAAGGACAUGAGCAAGUGGUGCGACUUCCACCGCGACAAUGGCCACACGACCGAGGAAUGCAUCUCCCUCAAAAAGGAGGUAGCAUAUCUAUUGAAAAGAGGACACCUGAAGGAGCUGCUGAGCGACAAAGGGAAGGAGACGUACAACAAGGACAGCAACACCCAGCCCAGCCCGGCACCAGGCGGCGAUCCACCGGCCCCGCCCAUGUUCGAAAAAGUGGUAAAUGUUAUCUCUGGUAGUUCAGAUAUCUGUGGACUAACUUCUUCUGCAGCUAAGAAAAUCAACAGAGGCGAAUCUGAAGUCGUCAAAGAGGGACAGACCGAAGAAGAAGCUCUCAGACUGCCCGGAGGGAUCUGGCGGGUUUUGGCGGUGGUGCAAGGGGUUACUGCAGACUGGCAAGUGCCCUUUGACUUGUCCGACUUGAUGUUUUUGUAUGACCUGGCGCUGAAGGAGUGUUGUAGGUAUACACUAGUCAUGAAGAAGGGAAAGAAGAAUUUAGGCAUUGGCUUAGCUGUUAACGACAGGGGUUGGCAGAGUCGUUUUGUCUAUGUGAACAAGGAUUCUUUGGGAGAGAAAGGGCAGUUUUUGGUUGAAAGGUGGACGAUGGAAGGUAAAGGUGGUUUUUGGUUGAAAGGUGGACGAUGGAAGGUAAAGGUUAGGGAUGUCAACGAGCCGAGCCGAGCCGAGUAUUUGGUUGUUCGAGCUAGGCUUGAUAACAAAUUUUCGAGCUCGAGCUCGAGCCGAGCUUAA